AUGUGCAAAGCCGUGGCAUACCUCCAGGGAGUAGUAGUGAGCGCUUCAAUCAACACAUUGGUUGCCGUCUCUAUUGAUAGAUUCCUAUCGAUAUGCCAUCCCCUCAAAUGUCAAAUGACCAGAAGGUGUGCCCGGUAUGCCAUCAUUUUCAUAUGGCUCUACUCGGCAGUGAUAGCGAUUCCGUGGGCCCUCUACUUCACACUACAGCCCAUCGACCCGUCAGUACCAGAUAUGGUGCUCUGCAACGAGCAGUGGCCUAACGAGUACUCCGAGAAGACCUACUUCAUAGUCGCCAAUCUAUUUCUGUGUUAUUUAAUCCCAUUAUUUGUCAUCACCUCGUGUUAUAUCGCUAUAUGGAUGAAAGUGUGGCGAAGGAGUAUACCGGGAGAGACACCAAAACCGCUUCAAAUUGAAUAUCUGCUGCAGAGGUCCAAACUCAAGACCGCGAAGAUGUUUGUCGUCAUCGUGAUUAUAUUUGUGAUGUCGUGGCUGCCCCUGUACUGUAUAUUCGCCGUUAUAAAGCUGGGCGGACCUAUCGAGACGGAUAGCAUACAAGAGCGAUGCCUAAUGAUAUUGGCGCCGAUAGCACAAUGGUUGGGCGCAUCCAACUCCUGCUACAACCCAAUGCUCUAUUGUUUCUUCAACAAGAAGUAUAGAAUCGGUUUCUUAUCGCUAUUGAAAGCCCGCAAGUGUUGCGGCCGCAUUGCGGGCAACGGACGAAACACAUUGAAUCGGCAGACGGUCUCCUCGCGGUCUAACACGAGGGCCACCAAUCGGAUCACAUUUAAAGCCGACACCCAAUGCGAGUUCAUUCAAAAUUCUGUGGGAAUUAUGUGA